UGUCACGGCCCAAAAUGACAAUCCAGUGAGAAAAAGAACAUGACCAGGUCAAACGGCGACAAUAGUAUAUCUGUGAUUUAUCAAAAUCUAACCACACUGUCACCCAAGACAUCAAGUCAUGUCCUCGAGUCGGCAUCUGUACACCUUAAACAAAAGCCAUGAUAAUAUCCGACGGACACGUUUCCUUGUAAGAACAGAGAAUCUUACUUCAAAAUCUUCUUCUCCCUCUCCUAUAAAAAUGCCCUCACCUCAUGAAUUCUCAGCUGCAAGAAAACAGAACUCAAAAUGGGGAAGCAGAAGUGGUCAGUUCUAGGCCCUUUGAAGAGGACUGUCAAGAAAAUAAACUUUCUACUUAACUUCAGAAAAUGGAGACUGGCUUCUUCAAUUCUUUGGGAUGCUUCUUCGUCUUCUUCCUCUGGAACGAUAAGAAGGUUGAGCUUUAAUGAUCGAAUUGGCUUACACGGGGUACUUGAAGAUGUUGAAUCAGAUCAUCAAAGCAAGCCGGUUCGAGCUCUUGAAAGGGUAAGAAGUCAUGAUGGGUCAUCAUCAUCAGAUUAUGAUGUUGACAAGAGGGCUGAGAUUUUUAUUACUAAUUUUCGACGGCAGCUGUUGAUGGAAAGGCAGGUUUCUUUGCAGCUGAGGUACUACAGAGGGAAUAGUUUUGGAAGGGAUUAUUGAAGAGAAUAGAAUAGAAUGUUAUGUCUGAAUGUCAAUAAAUUAAUAAUAAUAAAAAAAUUUGUUGUGAGAAUAAAGUUGUUUCUGGCUUCCAUUUGUUGGGAAAACUUGAAUUGUCAUUUUUUUCAAUGAUAUAAAAUUCAAGUGUUUUUAUUGUU